ACCUUUUACAGAUAUACAGCCAACUCUACUAUUUCCAAGAGUUGAAUCGCGCUUUGGUUUUAGUGAGUUUCUAAUUGAUUUUAAACAUGAGGGCAGCCAACCACUUUGGUGUCCAGGAGAACCAUGAGCUGGACAGCAGGGACAAACAAGCCUGGGUGAACCCUGCUUACAAUGGAUCCCCUCCUUCUUCUCCCCUGACAGUCAGAGCCAUCUACAACCCCCAGUCUCUCAUGGCAAACCCUUAUGGGAACCUGGGGAAACUGGAGGUCCUCCCACCUUACCCAACUGAUAUGAAAUUCAUGGAAAGUGUCGGAGAGAAGAAUAAGAAGGAGGAGAAGCCACGAGGAUGUUGCUACUUCAUCAGUAGAGGAAUCUGUGGACUGUGGAGGACCACGUUGACUGAAGACACCGCUGGAAAUCGAGAGCAGUACCUGAAGAUGACCCUGAGGGAGCUGGUGGUGUACCUCCUAUUCCUGACAGAUAUGUGUUUCUUGACAUAUGGGAUGACGAGUUCAAACACAUACUACUACACCAAGGCGAUGUCUGACCUCUUCCUUGCAACACCCACUUAUAGUGGAGUUGACUUUCAGAGUAUCACCAAUAUGGAACAGUUUUGGGAGUUUGCUCAGGGCCCAUUGCUGGAUGGUCUCUACUGGAGUAAAUGGUACAACGACAAGCCCCUGGAUCUCGGACCUCAGUCUUUUAUAUACUAUGAAAAUAUGCUGCUGGGGGUCCCCCGAAUUCGUCAGUUGAAAGUGCUGAACAACUCCUGUCAGGUUCACAAAGACUUCAGGAAAGAAAUCGAUGGCUGCUACGAUGUGUAUUAUGAAGAUAAGGAGGAUAAAAACCCGUUUGGCCUCAUCAAUGGAACUGCUUGGAACUACUUCCCUGAAAAGGAACUAAAUGGAUCAUCCCACUGGGGGAUACUAACAACUUACAGCGGCAGUGGCUACUAUCAAGAUCUGAACAUGACCAAGGAAGAGAGCGCAUACCUGCUGCAGAAUUUAAAGGACAAUCUGUGGUUAGAUCGCGGCACCCGAGCAGUCUUCAUCGACUUCACUGCUUAUAAUGCCAACAUUAACCUGUUCUGUGUAAUCAGGCUUGUAGUAGAAUUCCCUGCAUCUGGUGGAGCAAUACCAUCUUGGCAGAUUCGGACAGUCAAGCUCAUUCGCUACGUCAACAACUGUGAUUACUUUGUCAUUGGCUGUGAAAUUAUGUUUUGUGUCUUCAUCUUCUACUAUAUGGUGGAGGAGAUACUGGAAAUCCGGAUUCAUAAACUGUCUUAUUUCUCAUGCGUCUGGAACAUCCUGGAUAUUGUAGUAAUCAUGCUGGCCAUUGUAGCCAUCAUAUUCAAUGUGUUUCGCACCAUGAAAGUGAAUGCGCUUUUGGGAAAAUUACUCAAGCAACCUGAUAUUUAUGCAGAUUUUGAGUUCCUGUCAUUUUGGCAAAUGCAGUACAAUAACCUAAAUGCGCUGAACCUCUUCUUUGCCUGGAUUAAGAUCUUCAAGUACAUCAGUUUCAAUAAGACCAUGGCACAGCUGUCUUCAACCCUGGCCCGCUGUGCAAUGGAUAUCCUUGGCUUUGCCAUCAUGUUCUUUAUUGUGUUCUUUGCCUACGCUCAGCUAGGCUACCUUCUCUUUGGAACCGAGGUGGAGUCCUUCAGUACCUUCGUCAAGUGCAUCUUUACCCAGUUCAGAAUCAUUCUUGGUGACUUUGAUUAUGAUACUAUUAACAAGGCUAACAGAAUUCUGGGUCCGCUGUACUUUGUCACCUAUGUGUUCUUUGUCUUCUUUGUGCUGCUUAACAUGUUCCUGGCUAUUAUAAACGACACAUACUCUGAAGUCAAGGCAGAGCUUUCUAGCCAGGAAGAUGAAUUCCAGUUUUCUGAUAUCAUAAAACAGGGCUAUAUGAAGACCAUGAUGAUGCUGAAAUUGAAAAAUGAGAAGAUAUCUGAUGUGCAGAAUGCUUUAGGAUCUGGAUCCGAUGAGCUGGAGUAUGAAGAUUUUAAAAAAACCCUGAGACAAAUGGGUCACAGCGAUCAUGAGAUCUCUGAAGCCUUUGCUAAGUUUGACUAUGAUGGAAAUCUUAUCUUGGAUAAAGUAGAGCAGAACAGAAUGAUAAGUGACCUGGAGGAGAAGAAGAUUUCCCUGAGUGCAGAGAUAGAAAACCUUGGAAAAGACUACAGCAACAACACACUCGGCAAACCAAUGGAGAAUAGUAACAGUAAUGGUGUAUCACAAACAGAGUUUGAGAUGCUGGUGCGACGGGUUGUUCAGUUGGAGCAGUCUAUUGGCAGCAUUGUGUCUAAGAUCGACGCAGUGGCAAUGAAACUGGACACACUUUAUGAAAGUAAAAUAAAACGCAAAGACCAGGUGGGCAGGAUGUGGAAUAUCAAUGAGCCUUUUCAAGGUUAGCGCUUGGUGAAGAAGAUGGACAACUUGGAGGGUCCUACGUUUGGAGCCAAGAACAACUGGCUUUCCAACACAGGACGACACAACAUCAAUCAACAAACAUUUCUACAGAAAGAGUCAUAGACCCCUUCCGGCCUGCUGUACACUCCCAGAGCGAGAGAUAGAAAGAAAAAUAAAUAUAACAGAUAUAUUUAAAAGCAGUAGUGGAAAGGUAUUUCUGCCAUUCUGAUAUGACAUGCACUUCAAAAACUCCACUGUGGCUGCAUACAUUUGUUACAUUAAUGUUGUUAAUGUGUUUAUACCCUACUUGGUUAUCUUCCCAGUCUCAAAACUGCAAGAAAGUUAUGCUAGAAUUAAUGUUGUAACAGUGUAGUUUAGGACAUUAGUGCAUUGUGACUACCCCCUACUCACACACACCUAAUAUUGGGUUAGUCUGCCUUUUGCCACAAUGACAGCCUGGAGUUGUUCUGGCAUAGACUCCACAACCUGACACAACCCUAUAAUACCAUAAUCACCUUGAAAGGUGCAUUCAGCACUGUGAAGUUUGCUGUGUGUUGUAAUAUACUUUAUCAUACCUCUCUGGGCUUAACAAUGCUUACCUGUGCUUUAACUUACAUUCACUAUGCUUUAUGGCACUUCGCUUUGCUUUUACUAUGGUAAACUAAGUAAAAACAUAUUAACUAAGUUGUUAGUACUUUUUGGUGCAGGUUAACACAUCCCCUCCCUCAAAGUGACACAAAUAUACCAGUAGUUAAUUUCAAAGCUAAUGGAAUUUAAUUUUGGUAAAUUAAAGCUAUUCGUUAUGUAAACCUUUUUGUCUCUUAAGGUCUAGAAAAGAACAGCACAGCAACAAAUCUUCUCUAAUCUUUUUUUUUUAACUGGGAGUUUGUGAGCCAUUGCACUAUUUUCACUUCUUGUUUCAUUUUCAAGAAAAACAUUUAAAUCACUUUUAAAUGCGCAGCACAGUAUGAUCAUUACAAAACUGACCAACUAAAAUAUAAUAUGAAAAAAUUCAAUUUCCAAAAAAGUAGUUUACAGUUUAUUUAUUUUUUGUAUUAUUAAAAACAUAUAUAGUACAGUAUAUUCCUGUUACAAACACCUGUCAAUCUGUGUUGUUCUUGUAUGGAUAUCAGUUGUAUGAUUUUGCAUUCUGCUUUGUUGGUUUUAGGUUUAGUGACACUAGUCACCAAGAACUGCUUUCUAAAUAGCACAAUGCUCAGAAGGCUAUACUAUGGCUGAAUGUGUACAGACUACAAUGAAUUAUAUUUUAGUGUACAGCUAUGGCCAAAACGGUUGCAUCACCUACAAUUUUAGGAUUGCGAGAUAAUAAAAAAUUAAAUAAACUAUAUGAACAUAAUUUAGAUAUUUUAUUUAACAUCGUGUAUCAAAGAAACUACAAAAUAAUAUUGUAAAAGUCUACUGGAUGCCAUAAUAGUACAGUAUUUCAUGUUAGAUUUAUAAAUGUAAAGAAAACCAAAAAAAGGUCUGCACUCAAAAUUAUUUCCUUUAUUUAAAUUAAAAACAUUUUUUUUUUAAAAGUGCAGUUCUCAGUCACGAACAUGUUUCGCCCAUCAGCGUUCACAGGUGCCUGUGAUACUGGGACCUUUUAAGUAUGUAUAAUUAAUCAAUUAGUAGAGAUAUUAAUCAUUUUAUAAUUAAUAACAUAUUAUAUUCAGUAUAACACGACAUUUAAAUAAUCCUUGUCAUUCGUUACAUGAACAAAAAAUGAAUGGCAUAUUAUACAAUGUCUAUUUAUCAAACAAGGUUAAAGAGUUAUACUAAUAACCCAGAGAAUAUAGAUUGGAGCUGAAUGCAUACCAUUAAACAAUUAAUAACAGUCAUUAUUGAAUAUUAAACAGUAAAGACACUCAUUCAUACCAAAACGAAACAAUAAGUCAAAUUAAACAAACUAGAGAUAUGGAGAUAAUUCAAAGUCUUCAUUGAGUCCCGUGGGCAUUAAUGUGUUUAGUUUAAAAAUCCAAAAAGUUUCUCUUCGCAAUAAUUUAACAGCAACAUCACCUCCUCUUCUACUUACAGAAAUGGUUUCUAUUCCCAUGCAUUUCAAUGAAUUUACAUUAUCCGCAAACUCACUGUAAUGCCUGGCUAUCGGGGAUGUAGGGUCAUUGCAGCUCACUGCACUUUUGUUUGCUUAAUCUGGUUUUGAGAGGUCUAAGGGUUUUGCCAACAUAUCCACGGCCACACGGACAAAAUAAUAGAUAGACUAAGUUAGAUGUAAUCCUUUGUUUGAUGGAAAAACGUUUACCUAUUAAAGGAUGUGUAACGCUAUCUGUUUUACACAGUGUGUUACACUGAGCACAGCCUAAACAGGGAUAGCAUCCUGGAAGAGGAAUAAAGAAGGGGGAUGGGAACAAAAUGAUCUGCUUUAACCACAACGUCUUUUAUAUUUUAACACCGUUUAAAAGAAGAGUGGAGGAUCUUUAAAUGUAGAACCCAGACGUAUAUCUGUAGAUAAGAUAUUCCAAUGUUUACGCACAAUCUCUUGUAAGGCACGACUAUGAGGAUUAUAUGUAGAUGGAAAAAAUACCGAAAAAGACUUUUUAGGCUUUACUGUGAUGUUUUAAAAAGUCUGACCUAUUGAUACUUUGAACUUUAGAUGCAUCAUUAAGCCAUCCAUCAGGAUAACCUUGUUGUAAAAAGCGGUUAUGCAUAUCUAAUAAUUUCUGUCUUUUUCUUGAUUACAGAUCCUAUGUACUCUAUACAUUUGGCUUAAUGGAAGUGCUUGUUUUAAAUGAGUUAGGUGAAAACUCUUAGCAUGCAGCAAAGUGUUUCUAUCAGUUGCUUUUCUGUGUAUCGUGGUAUUCAAAGAUCCUCCACUCUUUAUCACAGUUACAUCAAUAAAUUAUUAUAUGUUAUUAGAUUAUUCAACCAUUCUACAAAUUCAUAAAGUUUGUCUUUGGAACCAGUCCACACAAAGAAAAUGUCAUCAAUGUAUCGGUACCAAUGGCAUGCACAAUCAAUAAAGGGAUUAUUUGUAUAUGUAUGUUCAUUUUCAGAAAGACACAUAUAUAAAUUGGCGUAAUUAGGUGCUAUAGUGGAACCCAUCGCAGUACCCUGUAGUUGAAGACAGAAGUCCCGUUAUAAAUGUCAAAUGUUCCCAUUUUUGUCAGUUAUUUGCUAAGUAUAUGGGCAGUAUGUGACUCAUUAUGUUAACCUAACAUUAUUUUGCAGGUUUCAUUCAAUUUUGUGAAGCAAUAUUAGUUCAUUCUAUAGGGUGAUGCAAAACUUUUGGACAUAGCUGUAAACUGUAACAUUAUUGUGGAACACCUCUGAUGUUAACCCGGUAGAAGGAAACAGCGCUUACAACUUCAAAAGACCUAAACGUACAUUGGUGUAUUGUAACAUUUGACUUUAAAACAAAAUAGACAUGUAUUUAUUCAAACCUAUUUAUGUUUAUUUGUAAUAAAUAAUGUAAUGUAUACUGCAUGUAGGUGUGUUAGAUGAUGUGUUGUAGACUGGAGUAAUGUUGACAAACUUCUUCUGGAAGUUGACACAGUGAAAUUCAUUUUGUGACCUAUUUUUUAUGUAAUAAUAGGAAUCUUGUGUGUCUUUACUGUGUAGAAGGACAACUAUAUAUUUAAAUGGCAUUGUGUAAUGAAGCGUGAGCCCUAUACUCACUCAAAGCUAUUUUAGUUAUUUAAAUAAUGUUUUUUCAAAGUCUGUUUUUCAAUAAUAAUAUAAAGUUUGAUAUUCAUAAAACUGGUCUUGGAGUUUGGUGAAGGAACCAACAACAGUCUAAAAGAGUUCAGUGAAUACCACACUUAAUUUAAUCAUUCAAAACAGAUUUUGUAAAACAAAUUAAGAAUAUUAAAGGGAACAUCUCAUUAGGGCUUUGUAACAUUAACUCUAAGUGUACAAUUGAUGCAUUUGAAAUUAUAAAUAAAGUAUCUGACAUACGUGCUUGCCUUUACUUGCUGUAGCUACCCACAUGUUCUGACUGCUGAAACAGAGAUCAAACCUGCUAAUUUCAGCUAAUAUCACUCUCGAAUUCAGCUGGGGAGUAGGAUUCUGGGGAGCAGAAGCACAGGGCUCUAAACAUGGCAAUGAGCAUGGGUUGGGGUUAGGGUUAGGGUUAGUCAUAAGGGAUGGUACACACAUUUACACAAACUGAAAACGCAAGAUAUACAAGUGUGCAGUUAAUAAGGGGAGCCAAAUUCAUGAAAGAUAAAUACAAAACGAAUUUCUCAUUUAAAUACAGCGGUAAGUCUUAAGAUUCCUCAUGUAAAUCACAGAUACGCUCUGUAAUUAUGUAAAACCUGUAUCUGAAGCUAUAAUAUUAGUACAGUAUGUAAUGUUAGAUUUCAAAAUGUCACAUACUAUUAUGGCUUCUGGUAUAAUAUUGCAAUGUCAUUUUGUAAUUUCUUUGAUUACAUGGUGUUAAAUAAAGAUCUAAAUAUGUUCA